CGUUCCCGGCUGGGAUCCUAUGGCUCCAGCCUGCACGGGACCGACCUGACCGCACGGGACAGUGGAAACCGCUCCGACAUACCUGUAAAAUACACCCCGUCCCUAACACACGGACUCAUUCUACGGACCAGUACGACCAGCUGGCCCCCGCUGCUGGGGUUUAACCCCGAACGGAGUAGGAUAUUCUGCGCUUUUCGCACAGCUGGUCCCGGAGCAGAGACAAAACAACGUAGGGAGGAAAGGACGGGAGCAGGCAUCCUCACUACCCACCACGAAGUGUUAACCAGGCUGCUAGCAGCUGCUCUCUUACUCCACUACCAAAGACAGCUUCACCGCCCUCUCCACGGCUUUAACCCCCGGCUCUGUCCUAAUGUGAGGCGGACUUUCUCGCCAGGUAAGCAGCGAGUUUUCCCUUUUCCAGCCCCCGGCUUGUGGAAGCUACAGCUAGCUAGCUUUAGCCAGCUAGCAACAAGGCCGUUUGUCAUCCUCCUGGUCCGGUCAGGUAUGACUGUAAGUGACCGUACAAGCUCUUUUUAAUCAGAGGAAGUGUCUGUUUACUCUCUGGCGGACUGUAAGGAUAUGGGGGAGCGGUGCUCCGCCUGCCGCACAUCUGUCGCCGCAGCGGAGCUGGGAAGCGCGACGCGCCGGGGAACAGCUGCUUUCCCCGGACAGUAGCAGCCGCCUGGCCGCCGCUGGGGGCAUCGCUCGGAUCAAACUCUCCAGGGAUGUAGAGGAGGGUCAAACCGUCUCUGCUGGAUUAUACACGUACAGAUUCAGAUUAGCAGCGUUGGGUCUUCUGAAGCUUUCUCCACAACCGCCCCCCAGCCGUCCUCCUCUAUCCGCGGGGAUCAGCAGAGGGCUGCAGGGAUGAACUACCAGCAGCACCUCGCCAACUCGGCCGCCAUCCGAGCCGAGAUCCAGAGGUUCGAGUCCGUUCACCCGAACAUCUACUCCAUCUACGAGCUGCUGGAGCGGGUGGAGGAGCCGCUGCUGCAGAACCAGAUCCGGGAGCAUGUCAUCGCCAUCGAAGAUGCGUUUGUGAACAGCCAGGAGUGGACGCUCAGUCGCUCGGUACCGGAGCUGAAAGUGGGCAUCGUGGGUAACCUGGCCAGCGGUAAGUCGGCGCUGGUCCACAGAUACCUGACGGGAACGUAUGUCCAGGAGGAGUCGCCUGAAGCUGACGUGGAUGCAGGUGGUCGCUUCAAGAAGGAGAUCGUGGUGGAUGGUCAGAGUCACCUGCUGCUCAUCAGAGAUGAAGGAGGCCCCCCGGAGGCUCAGUUCGCGUUGUGGGUGGACGCCGUCAUCUUUGUCUUCAGUCUGGAGGAUGAGAUCAGCUUUCAGACGGUGUAUCACUACUUCAACCGCCUGGCGAACUACAGGAACACCGCCGAGCUGCCGCUGGUCCUGGUUGGAACACAAGAUGCCAUCAGCUCCACCAACCCGAGGGUGAUCGACGACAGCCGGGCGAGAAAACUCUCCAACGACCUCAAACGCUGCACCUACUACGAAACCUGCGCCACCUAUGGCCUCAACGUGGAGCGAGUCUUCCAGGACGGCUCUCCGCCGGCGCAUGGCGGCUGUAUGCCGGGUCAUGGUGGCUGUCCACCGAGGUUCGGCGGCUCUUUGUUGGGCCAUGGCAGCUCUCUGCCUGCACGCGGCAGCAUUUUGUCUGGUCGAGGUGCGGCAGCUCUUUGCCGGGUCGAGGUGCGGCAGCUCUUUGCCGGGUCGAGGUGCGGCAGCUCUUUGCCGGGUCGAGGUGCGGUGGCUCUUUGUCGGGCCAGGCGGCUCUCCGCUGUGAUUCUCCUCCUCAUCCCCUUUGUGUCCCCUUGUUGCCGUAGUGAUUCUCCUCCUCGUCUCCUUUGUGUGUCCUCUUGUUGCCGUAGUGAUUCUCCUCCUGUGUCGUUCCCCUUAUGGCGUGACAGUGUGAGGAGAACACAUCCUGCCUCUGGCCACGCCUCCAACAGCAAAGCAUUGUGGGAGAAGAAGUCCUCUGUGGGACGCAGCUUUCCUCUGAAAGACAAGAGGACAGGGCCAUGCAGACGCUCCAUGGCUGAUUAA